AUGACUUUUGAUGACCUCAAGAGCAAGAGUAUGAAGGCUCAACUGGAUCAGAAGCCAAAUGGAGAGAGAGACAAAGGUCUUCGUUUUCUUUCCUCUCGGAGGUGGUAUCCUGCUGCUAUGGCUCUAGGGAUCCUUUGUCUGGGAUUACUGGUGACUGUUAUAUUGCUGAUAAUCCAGUUAUCCCAGGUGUCUGAUCUCCUAAAGGAACAGCAAGCAAAUCUUACUCACCAGGAAGUUAUCCUGGAGGGAAAGAUUUCAGCCCAGCACCAGACAGAAAAUUCUUCCCAGGAGUCAGAAAGGGAACUCAAAGAAAUGAUAGAAACCCUUGCUCACAAGCUGGAUGAAAAAUCCAAGAAACUAAUGGAACUUCAUCACCAGAACCUGAAUCUCCAAGAAGCUCUGAAAAAAGCAGCAAACUAUUCAGGUCCUUGUCCCCAAGACUGGCUCUGGCAUGAAGAAAACUGUUACAAAUUUUCCUCUGGCCCAUUUAAUUGGGAAAAAAGCCGGGAGAACUGCUUGUCUUUGGAUGCCCACAUGCUGAAGAUUAAUAGCUCAGUUGAUCUGGAAUUCAUCCAGCAAGCAAUUGUCCAUUCUGGUUUCCCAUUCUGGAUGGGGUUGUCUCUGAAGAAACCCAACUACUCAUGGCUCUGGGAGGAUGGUUCUCCUUUGAUGCCCCACUUGUUUAGACUCCAGGGAGCCCUUUUCCAGAUGUAUUCUUCAGGCACCUGUGCAUAUAUACAAAGGGGAGCUGUUUUUGCUGAAAACUGCAUUUUAACUGCAUUCAGUAUCUGUCAGAAGAAGGCGAACGUAUUGAGAGUACAGUGA